AUAGACAUUUUAAGUGAUACACUAUUUAACACAACUUGUUUCAAGUAAGUGGAAACCCAUAUAAUAUUUAUAUUAAGAGGAUGUCAUACUUGCAUUAGUUGUCUCUAUCUUACAGACAUACGAAUUAACUAAUUUUUAUUGAUCAGUUUCAAUAGCAUGCUGUUAGUUUUGAUCUAACGGUGAAUUCUGGCAUUAUGCGAAAUUGUAUACACAAAAAGAUAGAUCGCGCGCAAUCGUACUUUACCGAUUUUGAAAAGACGACAAUAUUACCAUUUACUAUACUGCAGUCUACUGUCUAGCUUCACAUCGUCAAGACGUUCAUUGCUUGCUAGCUAAUAAACCCUCAGUCGUCAUCGUCGUCGUUGUUGACGGUACUUAUUAUGGACAAAUUGAAGACUGGGUGGUUCAGCGAACUCACGGACCUGUUACCAGGAAGAAGUUUUUCUAUGGAAGUGGAACAGGUCCUGCACAAGGAACAAUCCGAAUAUCAGGAAAUAUUAAUUUUGAAAACCAAAUCGCACGGCGUCGUACUGGUACUUGAUGGAAUGAUUCAGUGUACGGAAUUUGAUGAGUAUUCUUAUCAAGAAAUGAUUACCUUUUUGCCACUCUUACUUCACCCGGCACCACGGAGGGUGCUUAUCGUGGGUGGAGGUGAUGGAGGAGUCGCUAGGGAAGUAGCCAAAUUCGCAGCGGUCGAAUUAAUUGACCUAGUGGAAAUCGAUGAACGCGUAAUAGAAUUGUCUAAACAAUAUUUACCGUUCAUGGCUAAAGGAUUUGACAGCUCCAAAGUUAAUGUGCAUGUAGCUGAUGGUUUUAAAUUCAUGGAAGAACACAUUCAAUACUACGACGUUAUUAUAACCGAUUCUUCUGAUCCCAUCGGUCCGGCUGUUUCUCUAUUCCAGAGGUCUUACUUUGAACUAAUGAAACGCGCGCUACGAUCCGGCGGCAUCGUGUGUUCACAAGCCGACACUUUCUGGGGACAUUUGAAAAACGUGACGUCGAUGUACAACCAUUGUAAAAAAGUAUUCGGUAAAGCGGCAUACGCCACGUCUUACGUGUCCACUUAUCCGGCGGGUCAGAUCGGUUUUGUACUCGGCAGUCUUGACAAAAAUACAGAUUUUUCAAAUCCGCUGCACAUGAUGAAUAACCAACAGCGAAAGGAUUUGAAGCUUCGUUACUACACUUCUGACAUUCAUAAAAUGGCAUUUGUACUGCCUGGGUUUGUCAAAGACGCUUUGGACGAUACCGCCGAAAAUGAUUUGUAAUAAAUAUGGUGUACCUAUCGUCUUUUGUUUAUCCGUAUCACAUAUUGUAUAUUAUAUUCAUUUUCGGUACAUGAUACGAUAAUACGAUGUACCAUAUACCUAUUAUAACUCAAAAUUACAUAC